AUGCAGACAUGGGCCUUUCUACUACCCAAAGCGGCCUGUCAUGGUCGAUUCCACUGUGAUAUGUCGUGUCUUCUUCCAAGUAACGAGACUCUCCCGCGAAAGCUCAUCGAAGACCGUUCGGUGAACAUCAAGCUGGUCAAGAGAUGCAAGCGGAUAUUUCUCGCGGCGUGGGCAUACAGGAGGAGGAGGGCGACCGCGCCGAUGAGGUGGGACGAUGUGUUCGCCGUGCCUCUCAAUGUCAAGCACACGAACCUGUGGAUAGCUGGGGGGAAGGUGAAGACAGAGAUCGCGUUGGUGACACAGGAUUUUUGUCAGCAAAGUGGAUCUGGUGAACGUUAUAAAGGUCCAGGUGGCGGCAAGGCAGGUUUCGUCGUCCCUGAACCACUGCGCAGGGCAUGUAAUUCCUUCGUUGGGAUCAUUGACCAUAUCGUCGAAAAACACCCACAGAUGGAAAAGGAACGCCUUCACGGUUUGUGA